GGUUAAAGAAAUCCCAGUAGUGUCGGAAUAAUGGAAAAUCCAAACCUUGUUUUAAUGGAAAGGAACCUAAUUUAAUAGGGAAAAGUAGUCUCUGUCUAAGAUGAGUAAAACUAGAUAAAGGAAAGGUUAACUAAACAAAUAUUGCUAAUAUAAAAAUGAAAAUUAAAACAUCUUAUUCAUGGGAAGCUAGACAAGCAAGGUAUUGCGAUGUAGUUAGCCGUUACAUAUACAAAUCCCUGGUAUUAAUACUACUACUGUUUACCACCACGUUAAGUGAUACUCGGAGUCUCUGAUACUGACACUUAGUAGUUAUCAUAUAGGCUAUCCCAACCGAUUACAGUACGUUAAGUAGCAAGAAUAAUCUGGCCGCAAGAACUAAAGCAGAGUAGAGAUUACAACUUCUAGAUGAAAUGUGGGAAAAGACCUCAGCUAGAAUCAAGAAAUCUCGAGGAGUUUACUCUUCACCUAAGAACGCAGUUAAGAAUAAACACAUAAUUUUUGACAAUUAUGACAAUGACAGUGAUGAACUAGCACCAGGGAAAGGGCACUUUGGAAAUGACAGUGAUGAAUUAGCAUCAGGGACUGGGCACUUUGGAAAUGGCAAGUUUAAGCAUGAAAAAAUUAGUAGAAUUAAAGCAUUUGAUACCGAGAGUGAUAGUGGUGAAGAAUUGUACAAUUCUAAAUUUCUAAAGCAGGAUUUUAAGGGAAGAGGUGGCUCCAAGUUAUCAUCAAGCGCUAGCUCUUUAAAAAGAAAGCAUACUAGAUUAGAUGAUUUCAGUAGUGAUGAAUAUGAAGAAGGAAGCUCUGAAAGUGAAAGUGAGUUUGAACAGAGUGAUGAGGAAAGUGCGGAAAAUAAUUUCGAAGAGGAUAAAGAUUACAGUGGUAUGACUAUGGAAGAGCUUUUGAAACUUCAAGAAGAAAUGGGCAUGAAAGCAUUUAGAGAAAAAGUGUUGAAGGUCUCAAAGUCUGAGAAAACAAGUUCAGAUCAGGCCAAGUCAUUUAAGCGUCUCAAUAAGAAUCGUCCAAGUGAAAUGCCACUGAUGAGGAAAAGGGCUCCACUCAUGAACUCCAUGCAACCAGGCAAAAAACUCAGGAAGAUUAUCAGUAGAGAUCCAAGAUUUGAUGAUUUAUCAGGUGACUUGAAGUUGGAUUUGUGGCAUGAGCGUUACCAAUUUUUGAAAGACGCUAGGAUGAAAGAAUUAGAAAUCUUGAAGAAUGAAUUGCAGGAAGAGACCAAUCCAGGUAAAAAGGAGAAACUUAAAAGAACAAUACAGCGAAUGGAGAACCAACAGCGGGAAGGUGUCAGAAAAGAACAAGAAACUGUGGUUUCCAGGCUUGAAAAGAAACACCAAAGAGAAGCACUGAAGCAAGGUAAAAAACCUAAAUACAUGAAGAAAAAAGAUAAAAAGUUAUUGUUGAAGACUAUGCACUUUGACGAGUUGAGAAAGGGAAACAGAGUAAACAAGUACUUAAAGCGUAAAGAAGAAAAGUUAGCAAAGAAAGAGAGGAGGCAGGAUUCCACACGAAAGUUUUGAAGGUAUAAUUUAAGGUUAGUUGUCACUCUAAGUGUAGUCUCAUUUCUACAGCAAUUUUUUUUUUGCAUAGAUGUGUUUGCCACUGUAGUAAAACUUUGUUAAAACCAGUUUAAUUUGCAUUAUUUGAACCAAGUAAUUUAUAAGUUUCACAAUUUAAAAUCAGUGCUUUAUAGUUGUCUUUGCCUUUCUAGGCAUAUGGGAGAGUUCCUAAAUUAAAGCUGUCUUCUCGGUUAUCUGGCAUGAGAAGCUGCCCUACUAGGAAGUGUAAGCAAGACAUUCAGCAAGAGUUCGGCCAAGAUGGUCCUGAUAAGCAAAAUAGCCAAGGAUAUACUAGGUCAUCAUUGAGGACUUUGUUAGGAAGUGCCAGGGCAUUACUGAUACCAUCAUAAACAUGGGCAGUUAGUGAAAAGUAGUUUUCAGUUCUGUAAAUUAUGGGGAAAUGAUGUUUGGAUUUUGCCAUGCCAAGAAAUAAUAAUAGAACAAGACUCGGCUUGUGAAUAAGGGCAAAAGCAGAUAUGGUCAUGCAAAGAAAUCGCCUAGGAUGUACCAUUUCCAGCACUUUGCAUAGCACCUGUUGUAGCAUCCCUUCGUCCCUGAAAGCAUUGUUUUUCAUGUGAUCCUUUUAUCUUCUCAUCUAACAAUCCAACAUCCUUAACUUUUCCUUAUUCUGUUUUCACCUAAGUAAAAAAAUAAAA